AUGAAGUACGUUCAGCUUACAAUCGAGCUCAUCACCAAGGCCUUUGAGACAUUCUCCUCUAAGAAGGGAGUGGAGUUUAACAAGAAAGAUGCAAAUAAGAUCUUUAAGGCGCUUGAUGAGGAUGAGGAAGUAGAGAGAUACUACUUUUGUGGAGAAAAGUGCACCAAGUCCAAGCGCAAAUGCAUGAAGGAAGUUGAUGAUGAAGGCAUGCAUUGUUAUGUCCACGAUCCUGCGCGCAAGUGUCAAGGCACAACUAUUAAGGGUGCUAAUUGUGGUAGUGUAGCCAAACUUGGUCAAACAUACUGUGGACGUCAUCAAGAUCAAGAUAGAGGUUAUAUAAAACGUAGUAACAACAACGCACCUGUCGACAAGCGUACCAAGUCUUCCAAGGCUUUAAAGAAGACACAUACUUCUAAGUUUGUGUCUUCCGAUGACGAUAUGACUUCCGAGGAUGAAGAACCAAAGAAGCGAAAGAGAAACAAGCAGGAGUCAUCGGAUGAAGAGCCGUCCGAUGAUGAUGAUGAAGAAGAUAUAAUUGCCGUCUCCUUUCCGUUGAGUCCAAAGUACAAUAUUAGGCUAAAGGAAAAGAAUCUCUACAUUGCAUUGUGUCCACCUAAGCUCAUGGGCAAGAAUCUCCCUGCGCCAGAAAUAUCUGAGAAAGAGGCACGCAUAUUGGCCAAGAUGGGUCUUCAAGAGGCAACUUCAGCAGAUGUAGAAAAAAUAGAAGAGUCUUCUGCUGAUGAGAAUUCUGACGAUGAUACAGAUGAUGGUGAUACGUCUGAUAAUGCUGACUCUGACGAUGAUUCCUCUAAAGAUAAAGACUCUGAUGAUGGCAAGUCCAAUAACAGACCUGAUGUAGAAUCUGGAGAUGAUACCUCUAAGGAUAACCCUGAUGAAAAACUAUCUCAUAAAAAGCCAUCUAAGGAUGAUGAGAAGAAGACUUCUCGAAAGAAAAGGCAUUCAGAGAUGCCCAAAAAUGCAGAGCCAUCUUCUAAUGUAGAUGUUUCUAAGGAUGAAAAAGAUGAACACACAUUUGCACUGGCCACAACGGUGCGUAACAUUAGAUCAGAGAAAGACAUACCACUUGCAAAGGAUGGAGGAUGGAUGGUUCAUCCUAAUAACGACAUGCUUGAGUAUGCAACUAACUUUACGAUGAAGGCUAAGUACAUUGUCAAGCUAUGUGGAAAGAAUACAUACGUUGGCCUGUUUACGCUUGAUCAUCUGCGUGGCGGUGGUGAUGUUCCAGAGAUGGAUAUCUUGGAACGCUCCAUGCUUAGCAAGAUGAAACUUCAAGAAAUGUCUGAUGAAGAGAGAAAGAUGCUUUUCAACGAGGAGGUCGAAGUAGAAGAGGAACUACCACACAUUCUCAAGAUCCGCAAGCAAAACAUUGUAGUUGGCUUGGUGACUGAUGACCACAUUGGUGCAGAGAAUGUCGACUAUGAUAAUCUUAACCAAAAGGAAAAAGAAAAGAUCUUUGCUAUGGGCUUUAAGCCACAAUGGAGGCCGCAUAUCAACAAAUAUUAUAACAAUCGUAACUUCCUACAAAAUCUCGACAAUAUCCAUAGCGACUAUGGGAUGAGAAUGGGCCGCUAUGGCGACAGAGAGAUCCUUAGCUCUGCAAAGCACUUUAAGCGCGAUCCAGCCUUCCCGUUUGUCAGGCUUGACGCGGAUGUAGCCGAGUUCUUUAUUUGCCCCGACCGCUUCCAGACUUGGUUGGCGGAUCAUCAAAGAAGCAUCUCAACCAACUUCACCUUCUUGAGGAGGCAUGAUUAUAAAGACCCGGACCAUCAGUAUCGCCUUACUUUUGCUUGCCAAUGCGCUGGCAAAAAGCAAGUACGCGUGAACGCUGCCAUUGAGCCUGACAAGCGUAGAAUGCGCGCACCCUCGAUUAAGCAGGGCUGCUUAUCAAGGAUCGCUGCCCUGUUCCAGCCGAUCCUAAUGCUGGAUGGCUCUAGUAUGCCAGGGUGUAUUGUUGAGUACCGCUACCAACAUAACCAUUCCUUAGGCGACAUCACCGAUCUUGGCACACGACAAAAGUCGGCAGCUAUCAAGGUCACGAUCGAGCACUUAUUAAAGCAAGGAUCCACCAUCCAACGAGUAAUGCAACAGCUGACGAUGGACUAUGAUAAAUUCACGCAGAUCACGCGAGGAAACGGCCAGCAGUUGUCUCGGGACGACUUCAUAACUUACGACGACGUCUACAACAUAUGGCACGGGAUCACGGCCGCUGCAAUGAGAAAGGACCCGGAUCCAGUUUUGUCGUCUAUAAAGUGGAUGGAGGAAUUCGAAGGCAACAAUGGCUUCACUUUUUACGACAGGCACGAUAGAACGAGUGGCCGAUAUUUUGGGUUCGCUUCCUUAUGGCAACUACAGCAGCUCAAGACCCAUGGAAGAACGCUAUGCUUCGAUGGAACCCAUAAUGUGUUUGGAAAGAUGAAGGAUCUCUUCUCCACCGACGAAGAAGAGUAUAAUCUCCGUCCCAACGCCGUUAUCACGGACCAAGGAGGCCUUUCAAGCGGUUCUGAGAUUCUGGCUAUCAAGACCGCUUUCCCCGGUGUGCCCAUCUUCUAUUGCGCAUGGCACGUCCUAAAGGUGUGGGAACGUCAGGUCAAGAGCAUGAUGACGGGACUAAAAAACCAUCCAGCUGAUGAACGAGAUGAAAUCAAAAAACAGGUUCGUGAAAAGUUCCGAUCUGAUCUUCGCAAGAUUUUGUAUGAAAGGGAUAUAGCGAUGGCUCAAGAACACAUCAAGACCUUCCGCAAGACCUGGAGCGAUCAGACGGCUCUUUUGAAGUAUCUCGACAAGAACUACUUUGGCAGGUCGAUGUUUAAGGCACACGAGUGGCAGGUCAAGGAGACACAAGAGAGCUGGAUGCUCUGCUACCGUCAAGACGUAUCCUAUGCUUCUAUCGACACGAACAACUACAUAGAGUCCUGGCACAAUACUCUCAAGCGUCAUUUCUUCCGAGACAAGCAGCAGCGGCGCCCGGAUACAGUCAUCUAUGUCCUUGCUAUCUUGGCAGUCCCGCACUUCCAACAAAAGUGCAUACGGAGCAUCGUCAACGUUGGUCGAAUGAACCCCGCCCAAUCAGAGGAGCUUAAGAAAACGGCAAUUGCAGUCGACCAUAUCAAGACCAGGGAAUCAAAGGGAUAUGUAGGCGCUGGAGAAUAA